GCUGAGAGGCGGCGAGAGCAGCCGGGGAGGGGGGGUAGAGGCGCAGACUGAGGCGCGGAGGCUCGGAGAGAGAGGACGUGGAGGGAGGGACGGAGCCUGGACAGCGGUGGACACGGCAUCGCGCGCAGGGAAGAGCGCAGCGCGCAGCAGGCGCCGAGCGCCGGGCAUCCGGAGGGGCAGCCUGGGUGGUCUCCGGCCGUCCAUGCACAGAGCGCCCUCCCCCACAGCUGAGCAGCCGCCGGGCGGAGGGGACAGCGCCCGCCGGACCCCGCAGCCCAGACUCAAGCCCAGUGGCCGAGCCAUGGCACUGCCUCGGACGCUGGGGGAGCUGCAGCUGUACCGGGUCCUGCAGCGCGCCAAUCUCCUCUCCUACUAUGAGACGUUCAUCCAGCAGGGAGGGGACGACGUGCAGCAGCUGUGUGAGGCCGGCGAGGAGGAGUUCCUGGAGAUCAUGGCACUUGUGGGCAUGGCCACCAAGCCCCUCCACGUGCGGCGCCUGCAGAAGGCACUGAGAGAGUGGGCCACCAAUCCAGGGCUCUUCAGCCAGCCGGUGCCUGCCGUGCCCGUCUCCAGCAUCCCACUCUUCAAGAUCUCCGAGACUGCGGGUACCCGGAAAGGCAGCAUGAGCAAUGGGCACAGCAGCCCAGGGGAAAAGGCGGGCGGUGCCCGCAGUUUCAGCCCCAAGAGCCCUCUCGAACUUGGAGAGAAGCUGUCGCCACUGCCGGGGGGUCCUGGAACAGGGGACCCCCGGAUCUGGCCGGGCCGGAGCACUCCAGAAUCAGACGUUGGGGCGGGAGGGGAAGAAGAGGCUGGCUCACCUCCCUUCUCCCCACCUGCAGGGGGAGGAGUCCCCGAGGGGACUGGGGCUGGGGGUCUGGCCGCGGCGGGUGGGGCCGGGGGGAGUCCAGACCGCCUGGAGCCGGAGAUGGUGCGCAUGGUGGUGGAGAGUGUGGAGAGGAUCUUCCGGAGCUUCCCCAGGGGGGACGCCGGGGAGGUCACGUCGCUGCUGAAGCUGAAUAAGAAGCUGGCUCGGAGCGUGGGGCACAUCUUCGAGAUGGAUGAUAACGACAGCCAGAAAGAAGAGGAGAUCCGCAAGUACAGCAUCAUCUACGGCCGCUUCGACUCCAAGCGGCGGGAGGGCAAGCAGCUCAGCCUGCACGAGCUGACCAUCAACGAGGCUGCUGCCCAGUUCUGCAUGCGCGACAACACGCUCCUGCUACGGAGAGUGGAGCUCUUCUCCCUGUCCCGUCAAGUGGCCCGCGAGAGCACCUACCUGUCCUCCUUGAAGGGCUCCAGGCUGCACCCUGAAGAACUGGGAGGCCCCCCACUGAAAAAGCUGAAACAGGAGGUUGGAGAACAGAGUCACUCUGAAAUCCAGCAGCCUCCCCCAGGCCCUGAGCCCUAUGCACCCCCGUACCGCCCCAGCCUGGAGGAAGACAGCGCCAGCCUGUCCGGGGAGAGUCUCGACGGACACUUGCAGGCUGUGGGGCCGUGCCCAAGGCUGACGCCGCCCCCUGCUGACCUGCCUCUGGCAUUGCCAGCCCACGGGCUGUGGAGCCGCCACAUCCUGCAGCAGACACUGAUGGAUGAGGGGCUGCGGCUCGCCCGCCUCGUCUCCCACGACCGCGUGGGCCGCCUCAGCCCCUGUGUGCCUGCAAAGCCGCCUCUCGCAGAGUUCGAGGAAGGGCUGCUGGACAGAUGCCCUGCCCCGGGGCCCCACCCCGCUCUGGUGGAGGGUCGCAGAAGCAGCGUGAAGGUGGAGGCCGAGGCCAGCCGGCAGUGAGGGGCGGACCGGUGGCCCCGGACCCGGGACUCCAGGCUUUCGGCUCCCACAGACCCCGGGAUCUCCCUCCCUGGAGUCCAGUCAUAGCUUCUCCAGCCUCCCCACCUGCUCCAUGGGAGUAAAACUGUGGGGCUUCAAGCAAUAACGAGCAGGGGCCUGGUGUGGGGACCCAAGCAGGAUGCGUGGUGCCCCCAGCCCCUGCCCAGAGCAAGGGGACCAGGCCUCCCGCCUCCUCCCACAGCUCACUCCCAUUCUUCCCACGCUGGCGGCGGUGCUGUGAGCAGUUGGAUUGAGUCUGGACAUGGGGGAGGGGGACUUCGCCGGGAGGGUCCAGCAGCUAAAAAUGGCAACAAUUUCCCCCCCCCCAGAACUGGGGGCCUGGGAACACUGGACCUGCUCCUCCUCCCUGCCCCUUCCCCGUUUUUGUGCUUCUAGUUUGUCUUUUACUUUAACAAGUGCUGCAGUCUGCCUCCCAUCCCCACCUCCUCCCUGCCCCAAGUCCUCAGCAGUGCGCUCCCCCCUGCCCUCUGGCAGGGGGUGGUGGUGGAUGUGGGAUCCCCUUGGAGGCCUGGGUCCACUCAGAGUCUCCUCCAGCUGGGGGCUCGAUCCCAGCACCUAUCUGAGCAGUUAGAGCGUCUUUCUUUUCAGAUUGUGUACAGUAGAUUAUUUAUUUUGUUAUUUUGGAAUAAAAUUUAUUUUAUGGCUUAGGAUCUAUGAC